AUGGUUUUACUAGUCUUAACUGAACGCAUCAGGAUUGCCGUCUGCCAAGCUUUGCAAUCUCCAGAGUUCGACGAAUCGGCAAAGCAGAGGUUAAAGAAUUAUCUCAAAUCCAGUUCCUGCAUUCCUCUUGACCUCAUCAAGGAGGUGUCCAGGUUCAUGGUUCAUCAAGACGGAAAGCUAGGCAGAGAUGUUGGUAAUGAUUCGGCACUUUUUAUUUCUUCUUCAUUUGUCAUUAUCGCUGUCGUUCUUCCAAGUAGUUUGGGUCACAAUAACCACACUGAUUUCAUUCCCGUUUUCUCCCGGCAAAUACUUGUUCACGUCCCACGCCACAUAAAAGAUACACCUUCCUAUUGUUCUCUCUCUUAUCAAAUCUUUCCUUUUUCUCUUCUCCUAUUCGCCCAUUCGCUAUCUUACGGCUUUUCACGAUAUUGGUUGCAUGAACUACUUACCGGCAGUGGGGUGUACGUGGACCCCCGGAAAGAAAAGAUUAAGAGUCCCGAAUUAAUCGCUCGACUAGAAACGAUCCUUGCCGAACAGGCAAACAAAGAAUACGCCCGUAUGAUUGGACGUGUCGCUUCCUCCUACGAUGUUGAAACAUUCAAGAUCCUCGACACCGAAGAAUUCCAAAGCUUCCGGGGUCAACUCACCGCAAUAGUCAACAUCACGUUCACUGUGGUCGCCGUGUUUGCAGCUGUAUACCACGUCGCUCAGAACAUUACUGGCGACACAGGAAUGCGCGUGUUACUCGCACUCGCCGGAAGCACCAUCAUCGGCAUCGCCGAAACGUUUUUGUACAUGCGAUAUCUGGCCGGCUUCGACAAACCUGAGCAAAAGGAGCGUAAGGUCCCGCGCCGUAAAUCAACCUCCAACUUUCGCAAUAAGGUAUCCGCCACCCACCUCCCAAAGAAAACAAGAACGCUAUAA